AUGCGAAACAAAUCCUUCAAAUCUGGACGGUUCGACAAGAAGUACAAUCAACGUCACCCAGGACACCGCUCCAACUUUAUGGAUAUUAACGAUCCUUCCGGCUUCCUGCUCGCGUGCUACUUCAUCCUCCGUGGCUGCCCAGACAACUUCUUCGCUAUGUUUGCAGUAAUGUGUUCUUCUUUCACCAAGAUGAAUGCUGGAACAUCCAAACGAAGCAAGUGCAGCAGCAUGGGUUUCGAUGCCUUCCCUUCAGUUAGUUACAGCAACAAGUUGCUGGAGAGGAGUGUCCUCCUGAUCUAUCUCGUCACGGCGCUCGGAGGCACAUGGUUCCUCGAACAGCCGAGUCAGUCGGUUCUCGAAUACUAUCCGACUUUUCGGAAGAUGCUUCUUGAUCUUUUCAAUGUUCAGGGAGGAGAUGCUGUAUUUGACACGAGAUGGUGGAUGUGUCAAUACGGCGCGCCGACUCCAAAGCGACACUAUGCCUACUCCAACAGUGACAAGAUAUAUCUGUUGAACCAGGGCAAGCUGUACGUGAAGUGUGGACAAAGGUCUCAAACAGUAUCUCGAAAGAGAAAUGCCGAGGGAAAGCAGUGCUAUACAGGGACCAAACACCUACGUCCAACGGAGUGCCCCGGUUGCUGUUCUUGCCAGGUUUGGAAUUUCGGGCUAGGGUUUUCAGGACAUGCGGGAGUUAUGGGGUUCUAUAUAGGUCCUAUAUCGGUCCCAAGCCGUGAUAGAGGGUCCUCAUAA